UUUUCCCUUAAAACGCCACAUAUACAGACGGAGCUGUCAAACUGUCUUCUUCCCAGAGAGUUGAGGGGAGAGAGAGAGAGAGAGAGAGAGAAUGGUGGGACCAUCGCGGCCACAAUUCGUUCUGUUCGGUUCAUCGAUAGUGCAGUUCAGUUACAGUGAUGAAGGAUGGGGUGCUAUUCUCGCCGAUAUCUAUUCUCGAAAGGCAGAUAUUUUUCUGCGAGGAUAUGCGGGUUGGAAUUCUAGGCGUGCUCUUCAAGUCCUUGAUCUAGUUUUUCCCAAGAAUGCAGCUGUACAGCCUUCUCUGGUGAUAGUCUAUCUUGGUGGUAACGAUUCAAUGCGUCCUAGCCCAAGCGGCCUGGGCCCUCACGUGCCUCUUCCAGAAUAUAUUGAGAACAUGAGGAAAAUUGCUAUUCAUCUCAAGAGCCUUUCGGAGAAGACGCGCGUAAUCUUUCUGGGUGCUCCUCCAGUGAAUGAGGCAAAAAUCCGCGAAUUUACAGGUAACAAAUUUGACAAGUUGGGUCGAACAAACGAGGCCUGCAGAAUAUAUGCAGAAGCGCUAGUAGAGAUGUGCCAAGAGAUGGAUGUCAAGUCGGUGAAUCUAUGGACAGCAAUUCAGACAAGGGAUGAUUGGUUGACAGCAUGCUUUACGGAUGGGAUCCACUUAUCAUCGGAGGGAAGCAAGAUCGUGGUGAGGGAGAUAUUGACAGUACUCAAAGAGGCCGAUUGGGAGCCAAAUCUGCACUGGAAGUCAUUGCCAACAGAAUUUUCUGAAGAGUCGCCAUACGAUCUUGUUGGUCCUGAUGGUAAGACCACUAUAAAUGUCUCCGAGACCAACUUUCACUGGGAAAACGAAUGGGAUUAGGUCUUUUGCGAAGCAAGUUAUCAAACGAACCCUCUGUUGGCGUUUUAUUGACCUGACUCGUACUUGGCUAUCUUUUUUUUUUUUCCACUUCCGAUUGCGUCCUGUCGAAUUUUUAACUUGCAAUGUAUCAUGGUGCUUGUAGAAUAUUUUACGAGUACAUAUAAAAUACUUUCUUAUUCCAA